UCCGCGCUCCGCCGCCCGCGCCUGCAACCUCUCCGCUCCGCCGGAGCGAGAGACACCGGCGCGCCCGCCGAGAACUACUCUUCAGAGACUGCCUUCCGGGCCCCGCGGAGCCCGGCGUCCUCAGUAUCCGGAGAGGCAGCGGGGCCCGCUUUUAUCCAAAAGAACAAAACUGCCAUUUCCGAAAAGGAAGGAAACUGCUGCCGCGUUCACACCGGGCGGCUCGCGGAGCAGCCACUGCACCCCGGACCGCGGCCCCGCGCAGCCCCGCCCCGCCCCGCCCGGCACCGCCCCCGGCCCGGCUCCCGCGCCCUAUUUGGUCAUUGGGGGGCAGGCGACGGGAGGGGCGGCGUGCGCGGCGUCGGUGCGCGGCGUCGGUGCGCGGAGGGGCUGCUCCUGCUCGCGCAGCCUGCGCCUUGGUCGGGGACCAACGAGGCCGCCGCGUCCAGCGCUCGGAACAAUGGGACUCGGCGCGCGAGGCGGCUGGGCGGUGCUGAUCCUGGGGGCGCUGCUGGUGCUGGCGCUGCUGAAGGCCACCGAGGUCAGCAGGGACCUUGAGGGAUCUGCCAACACAAAGAACCCUGUGCUUCUAGCAAACUCCAGUGCUAAGCCAACAGAAACUACCAGCCAUACAACUGGAUCUUCCAACAACACUGUGAAACCAUCAACAACUCCAGUUUCUGUAGUCUCAAAGAAUGUGACAGUCACCGCCAUGACACCCACAGCAAAAUCAUCUACAACUCCCGUUUCCUCGGUCUCAAAGAAUGUGACGGUCACUACCUUGAAAUCCACAGCAGCAUCUAAAAUGACACCACCAGGAGUCUCAAUAAAUACAACUUCCAUCACCUCAAAGUCUACACCCAAGAUAACAAGUGCUUCACAAAACACAUCCCAGCUGACCACAACCCACAAUAGUUCACUGACAUCUAUUUCUUCAUCAGUAACAAUCACAGCUACUAUUAAUUCUAAAGAAAAUAAAGGAUCGAAGUUUGACUCUGGCAGCUUUGUUGGUGGUAUUGUAUUAACACUGGGAAUUCUAUCUGUUCUUUACAUUGGAUGCAAAAUGUAUUAUUCGAGAAGAGGCAUUCGGUAUAGAACCAUUGAUGAACACGAUGCCAUCAUUUAAGGAACCCAUGGACCAGUGGAGAGCGUGACUGAUGGGCCCUGUCAGUUAAUUUUGGCUGAUUAUUUAAAACAAUAUUCUGUUCUUGAAAAUAGUAUGAACAGGCAAUGCAUAUAAUAUACAAUGUAUUAUAUAAAUAUGUAAAGAUUUGUGAUGAUUACUAAAGGUAAAAAAAGUUUGGCUUGGGUUUUUAAAUGAACAUUCAGAACACAGUUACUGGAAGAGUUAUAUUCGCUCUAAGGCAAUAUAUAUGACAAGUCCUGUCCCAUUUUUUUGUGGCAUUAGUCAUGGCUGGUAAUUGGGAGACCUCAUCACUGAAGGGUGCACAAUGUCAUGUGGGCAUCCAAAUAAGGAGUUUCUCAGUGCAUUUAGGAGUUUUGAGUACCUUUGUUGUGCAAAGAACUAAUGCCAUUCAGAGUUGGAUAUACCCUAAUUACUAGUACCACAUGAGAAAUUAUAUAAGUAAAUCAGCCUUAGGCAUCAAUAUUUUAUGUUUUCAAGCUGAAUACUUGGUUUAGGAUUCCCCCAGCCCUCCCACCCCCAAAUCAAAACCAGAAACAAUACCUGGGCUUAGUCCUGUUAACCUGUUACUUUUUUAAGUUCUUUUGAGCUUUCAAUAGCAGUUGAUACAACUGUGUAAUUUCAGUGAAUUGUGAUGUUUAACAUAAUAAAGACAUAGUUGUUAGUACUAAAAAAUUAGGUUAUUUGCUAUAUUUCACCACUGGAAAUUGCUUUAUUUCAUAUUCAGCCACUAAUUUUAUACUUAGUAAAUAUUUUUAAGAGAUGUAGAUCUACAAAUGUUUAGUGUAAACACAUGUAACGAACUCUUACAUGAUUUCCAAAACAUUUAGAACUAUACUUAGAACUGUAGGUUAAUGCAGUCUGUCAAGCCAGGGAUUGUGGGCUCCCCUCAGGCUACCUACCAAACCUACAGGAUGAAAAUGCUGCAUUUUCACACACUGCUAAUUUUACUCAAGGAUUGGGGAAACACGAUUUUUAUACUAAGAUACCAGUGUUUUUUGGAAUAAAUUCACAUCAAGUUUUCAAACAGGAAUUUUUUAGACAAACUUCCUGCAUCUUUAUGUGGGUAUUCUUCAGACCACUCCUCUUGUUCCCUUAUUGAAGAGACAUUAUGUUAACAGAUGGAAAAAUCACAGUAUUAUAGGGACACCAAUAUUAGCCAAAUUAUUUUGGACUGUGUUCUGUUUUACAGUUUAUAUUACAGCACUCAAAACUCAGGGUCAGGUUUUGACAAAAGUAUUUAGUUCUACUAAGUCACACCAAUUUUUGAUAAUCCAAAAAAGCUAAGAUGUCCUAAUAAAUAUGCACCUAUGUUUCAUAGGAAUUAAUGUAACUUGUAAUCACCUUCUGGUUUUCAGAGCAUGCCAUGUCAGGAAUAUUGAUAUAAAAGGAUUUCUGCUUACUCUGCAUUAUGGCCAGUUAAAGUGACAAAUGUGAAUAAGAAUUAUCCAAAAUAUCGUUGUAAGGUGUAAUGUGACACAUGCAGUGUGCAGGAACUAUGGACCACAUGUGUUUACAUUAAUUUGAAAAGAGAUGUGGGCCAGCAGCUGAGUUGUAUGUUACUAAAUUAGCCCUAAUUGCUGUCCUUUCACAAAAUGUACUUGAGGUAUGUUUUAUAGUGACCAGGGCCUUCUAAUUUUCACUUUGUCUCCUGCAUUCUUGACAUUUCAGUACUUCAAGUGCUGAAGGCACAGGCCUGAAAUUUUCUUGAGUAUUUGUUUGUUAGCACUUUGAAGAAGUAAAACCACUUUUUAAGUACUAAAUCUCAUUAUAUGCCUUUAAAGUCUCCUGUGCUUUGGGUUUGAAAUAAUUUAGUUACACCUUUUCUUUGUAUAUAAGUUGUAUAAUUUGUUACUUUCAAAUAGGAGUACUUUGAUGCAGUUUUUUUGGUUAUCUACAAAAAUUGAGGUAAAUGGUGAUACAAACCAGUAUUUCCCAAGCAUAAAUUCAUAUCCCUAAUAAUGCUUACUUAAGCAAAUGUUCAAUUUUGUUUUCAUUCCUUGAAAAUAUAUUUACUUGAAGAUAAAAGCAAUCCAGAUCUAUGUCUAAAUAGCAGGCAGAAUCCAGUCUAUGAUUUUAAAAUUUCUUUGGUUAAGCCAUAAAUGAAUAAUUCAAAUAUACUGACAGUAUAAUUUUGUACUUUUUCAGAAAAAAAAUUUAAAGCAACUUUGUUACCUUUCUUUUUACUAUAAUGACCAGCUUUUGGUGUAUUUUGUUGUUACUGAGAUCUAUUUUUAGAAUAAAAUUUUGUUCUCCAUCUGAGA